AUGUCGCCUAUGUCACUACUUUCUUCAAAGCUCUGGUGGAAUGGGCCUUCAUGGCUCGUAGAUGAUGCAUGUUGUUGGCCAAAGGACACUCCAUCAAUGGAACAAGAAAUACCGGAGCAGCGAAAGACGAUUCUCAUUUCAUCUUUUCACAAGUUAAUUCGGAUUACUGCAUACUGUCUACGAUUCAUUAACAAUUGUCAACGUCAUAAAACUAAAUUGUGGGAUCCAAUCGAAGUGCCUGAAUUGGAAAGGGCAACUCAGUGUUUAGUAAAAAAUGUUCAAGCUACAGCAUUUACACAAGAACUAAGGUGUCUUCAACUCAGCAAGCCAUUACCAAGGAAUAGCAAGCUUCUUUCUCUUAAUCCAUUUGUGGAUAAAGGAGGUCAUCCGCUCAUCCGCGUUGGAGAAAGACUUCAGCAUGCGAAGUUAUCAUAUUCAUCAAAACAUCAGCUAGUGUUACCAGCUAACCACCCGUUUACAAAAAUGUUAAUUGAACGAGAGCACAUAAGACUUCUCCAUGGUGGAGCACAGAUGACUUUAGCCUCGGUUCGACAAAGAUAUUGGCCAGUAAACGGUCGCAGAAUUGUUCGACAAGUCAUUCACAAGUGCAUAAGAUGUUUUAAAACGUCUCCAAAGUCAAUCCAACAAAUUAUGGGCAAUUUACCUGAGCAGCGAGUUCAACCUUCUCGACCAUUUUCCAAUGUAGGAAUAGAUUUCUGUGGACCAUUCAGUGUUCGAGAGUCAAAGAGAUCAGAAGAAGGCAUCAAGUGGCAUUUCAUUCCUCCGAGAGCUCCAAAUUUCGGUGGAAUUUGGGAAGCCUCAGUCAAGGUUUUUAAAACACAUUUAAAGAAGGUUGCUGGUGCAUCCUCAUUGACACUUGAAGAAAUGCAAACUCUUACUGUACAAAUCGAAUCCGUUUUGAAUUCCCGUCCUUUAAUUAGUUUGUCCAACGAUCCUAACGAUUUAUCCUAUCUCUCUCCGGGGCACUUUCUUGUUGGAGACGUUCUUACCACCAUUCCAGAGACCACAUUGCAACACAUACCAGAGAAUCGAUUGAGUCGUUGGCAACGAGUAGAGAAGAUGAAGCAACAUUUUUGGAACAGAUGGUCGAAGGAUUAUCUGAAUCAACUGCAACAAAGAAAUAAGUGGCAAAAACAAAGGAUUCCCAUUCAACGAGGAGAUUUGGUUCUCAUUCGAGAAGACAACAUUCCUCCUUUGCACUGGCCUGCCGGACGAGUUCACGAGGUUCAUCCAGGAGAGGAUGGCGUCAUUAGGGCAGCUACCAUCAAGACUUCCAAGGGACUAUUCAAGAGAUCAGCCAACCGGUUUUGUUUGUUUCCGACCAAAAAAGACUAG